AUGAGAAGAACAAACGCACAUGAAAAAUAUGGUGAAAGGAGAUUGGCAUUAGGAAAGAGAGAGAAAGAUCUGUUGAGUAGCAACAUCUUCUUCAAUAGUGGUGUUUGUCAAGAUCCUGCAUGUACUGUACACUCUAUUCUGGUUAAUCCUACCACUGUUAGCUCGAAAGACAUGCAAAAACAAAAUGCAGCACCUGACUUCGAUAGGAGGAGAUUGUCUCGCCGUUACAUGAUUAUGGAAAUAAGUAGGAAUUAG